GAGCCGGAAAUGACUGGCUAGCGAGGAACCCAGGGGCACCCUGUCCGGCGGCGCUCUAGCUCCCGCGCGCUGUCUCUAUGCUCCCCCUGCGUCUGGUCUAUUUAUUGUCGCGGGGAAGAAGCGGCCGCCCAGUACCCGGAACAACAAAGCGAGAAAGACGGAGCCCGAGCCUCGGGGGCUCCUAGCAACGGGCCGGGGCGGGAGUUCCAUGGAGACUGGGGAGCGCGCCCGCCUCAUCAUCAUCCUUGUCCUCCAGCUUAUCCUUCGCGUCCGACGUAACCGGCAGCAGCGCUGCCGCCGCGUUCUCUGCCGCCGCCCCCUCUUCCCACGAAGUAGCUGAAACUGCUGCUCUGCUCCAGUGAUUCAGGUGGCUCAAGAGUGACUGCAUACGAUUGGAGCAGUAUUUGUUUAUGGAUGUGAUCUUCGUGGUGGGAAGCUAAGUUUUUAAACUACCCCAAUGGAUGCAGACAGUGAUGUUGCAUUGGACAUUCUAAUUACAAAUGUAGUCUGUGUUUUUAGAACAAGAUGUCAUUUGAACUUAAGGAAGAUUGCUUUGGAGGGAGCAAAUGUAAUUUAUAAGCGUGAUGUUGGAAAAGUAUUAAUGAAGCUGAGAAAACCUAGAAUUACAGCUACAAUUUGGUCCUCAGGAAAAAUUAUUUGCACUGGAGCAACAAGUGAAGAAGAAGCUAAAUUUGGUGCCAGACGUUUAGCCCGUAGUCUUCAGAAACUAGGUUUUCAGGUAAUAUUUACAGAUUUUAAGGUUGUGAAUGUUUUGGCGGUGUGUAACAUGCCAUUUGAAAUCCGUUUGCCGGAAUUCACGAAGAACAACAGACCUCAUGCCAGUUAUGAACCUGAACUUCAUCCUGCUGUGUGCUAUCGGAUAAAAUCUCUAAGAGCUACAUUACAGAUUUUUUCAACAGGAAGUAUCACAGUAACAGGGCCCAACGUAAAGGCUGUUGCAACUGCUGUGGAACAGAUUUACCCAUUUGUGUUUGAAAGCAGGAAAGAAAUUUUAUAAUUCAUCAUGUAAUUGGUUAGAAUUCCUAACUGAGCACCUUUUAAAACCUGCACAUUGGACUCAAAACAAAAGGAAAACUGGACCAACAGUAAUUGAGGAAAUAGACUCUUUUAUUCAUUCACGGCUACAGUGUAAGCUCCAAGCCCUUUGGAUUUUAUUUCAAACCUUGCUGUAAUAUAAAAAGGAAGUUUACAAGACAUGACAUUGCUGCUUUUACAAAAGGACAUUCUAUUUAUUUUCGCAGUAAUUCUCAUGUCCCCGUAAGCAGAGCUGUCACAGUGUGCACUACCUUAAAUUGUUUCGUUAUUGUCAUUAUUUCUUCCCAGUUUGAGCUAAUGUGUUUUAUUUGUGAAUAGUCUUUUACAUUUUUGUAUGCUGAAUAUGGGCACCAAAGAACCUGUAAAAGUUAUCUUUUUCAAUUGAAUGUGCACAAAUAAAAGUUUGGAAAAGA